UAGCUGCGGCUCCAGGGUCGCUACAGUUCAGCAAGGAGGCCAGCGUUUCAUUUACUCUGCUUGUGGGUGUUUUAGGAGUUUGGGGACUGUGGAGGAGAUGGCGGCCGUCCUGCUGCAGGUGUUGGAGCGGGCGGAGUUGAAUAAACUCCCGAAAGGUGCCCAGAACAAGCUUGAAAAAUUUGUGACUGAGUUGCAGAGCGCGAGCGAGGCGCUCAGGACGCAGCACGAGCGCUUCAAAGCAGACUGCGAGCAACAGUACUUUGAUGUUGAGAAGAGACUGGCAGAGAGUCAGGAGCAGAUCGUGUCCACCACUAGAGACCUGCAGACGCUCAAAGAGGAGAAUAAAAGACUUAAUGAAGAGCUGAGCACUCUCAAGGGCAUUGAGGGAGAGACGUUUGAAGAAAAAACACCACAGCAGACUAAAGCCAAGUAUGAGAUUGAGGCAGAGAGGAGAGAGCUGGCUAGACUGCUGGAGAAGAGAAACCAGGAGGUGGAGAAUCUUACAGAGGACGUGAAGCGUCUGAAUGAGAGGUUGAAAGAGACCAACAAAAUGAAGGUGGAGUUGCAGCUAAAGCUGGAUUCCAUACAGUCAUCAGAGAUGUCUAUCCAGCAUCGGGAAAAGCGUAUGGAGCAGGAGAAGGAGUUACUGCAGAAACAAACAGAGUGGUUAAAUGCUGAGCUGAAAACCAAGACUGAAGAACUGCUGAACACCAACAGAGAGAAAGGAAAAGAGAUAUUGGAGCUACGUCGCAGUCUGGACAACUGUAGAGAGCAGGUGACCAGACUAGAGAGCCAGCUAGCUUCUCUGAAGGAGUGCAGUGACAGCCAGUGCAGAAGAGCAGAAGACCUCAACGAUAAACUCAAACAGUCUAAAGAUCAGCAGAGUGCUAUGGAGGAGAAAUAUCGUAAUGAACUCAACGCUCACAUCAAGUUGUCUUCACUCUACAAGGGGGCAGCAUCUGAGUCUGAGUCGAAGAACCAAGAGUUGAGCAGAGCUGUGGAGGAGCUCAGCAGGGUGGUCAAAGACACUACAGAGGCUAAUAAGGUGCUAGAGAGUAAGGUGUCUGAAGGGGAAGCGCUGAAGACCAAACUGGAGGCAGAGCUUAGGGAGAAGAUCAAGAAGAUGGAGAAGGAGCUGGAGAAUGCCUCAAUGAAGGCUGCUGACAAGCACUGCUGUGUACCUUCUUUGACUGAGGAGCAGUUGGACUCCAUGUGUCCCUCAGCAGCUGCUAUAGCUCAGAUUGUGAAGCCUGGAAUGAAAUUCUUUGAGCUGUACAAUGCCUACACGGAGUGUCAGACUAAGUUGCAGCUGGAGAAGCAGGAAACCAAGAGAGUGAGCAAGGUGUUGGAUGACAUCGUCCAGGAGGUGGAGUCCAAAGCUCCGAUCCUCAAACGCCAGAGAGAGGAGUAUGAGAGCAUGCAGAGGUCCAUGACCUCCCUAUGCAACAAACUGGAGCAGGCUCGAAUGGAGAUCCACAGUCUGCAGAAAGAGAAAGAGGAGGCUAAGCAGCGGUGCUCUGCCAUGGAGAGAGACAAACUUAGGAUAGAGAGACAGCUGGAGGACACAUCCACCCAGGUUUGUGCUCUUCUGGUGGAACUAGGGGAAGCCAGGGGAAGUCAUGUGACCAAGGAUGAUGGCAGCUCUGCUGACAUCAGCAGCUCCUCUGAGGUCAUCAGCCCCCGCCAGCUGGCCUUCCGUAGUGUGGAGGAACUUCAGAGACAGAACCAAAGCCUGCUGGGAAGGCUGAGGGAGCUGGAGGAGGAGAGAGAGAGACAACAGAGCCAGUUUACAUCAACACGUGUAUCAGAGCUGGAGACAAGCAAUGAUCAGCUGCAGAAGGAAGUGGAGCAGCUGAAAGAGCAGAGAAACCAACAGAAACAACUGGCUGACUCUAACGCCAGACAGAGAGACAUGUACCGGAUACUGCUGUCUCAGAGUGGCUACAGUUUGCCACCUCAAGGUCCAGACUCGUCCCCCCAGCCUCCUCAGCUUCGGCCCUCUGUCCCAGCCACUCGCUCGACUCCACAAAGAACAGCUUCUGCUGAGUCCGCCCAAACUGCUCAGGCUAAAGCUGCUCUCAAACAGCUCAAUGAUGCCUUCACUCUGUAUAAGAAGGAGAAGGGAGAGAACGACAGGCUGAUGAAUGACACCAAUGACAGGCUGCAGAAACAGCUGACAGAGCUGCGCUCCAGCAAGGCCAAGCUGGUCUCUCAACUGGACUUUAGCAACAAGAGGUAUGAGAUGCUCAAUGAAACAGCUUCAGCCUACCGUAGAGAGAUCUCUGCACUACAGGACAGGAACCACAAAAUGACAGCCACAGCCCAACAACACGAAGACAUCAUUCACACCAUGAACCAGGACCUGCAACAGGCCAAUGAAAAACUGGCUCUGCUUGAGGUGCGAGUAGAGAACUUGACCAAAGAGCGGGACAUGUUGAAGGAGGCAGAGAGUCGCCUCAGCCAGGAAAAAGAAGCCAUAGCGGCUGAGCAACGUAACCAGAACCUGCUGCUCACAAACCUCAAGACCAUACAGCUGACAAUGGAGCGUACAGAGACAGAGACUCGCCAGCGAAUGAACAGCCAGAUCGAGCAUUUGGAGGCAGAGCUUGCUACCAUGAAGACUAAACUAGACCGGGAGGUAGAGCAGAGACAUGCCCUGGGACGCGAUAUGGAUGCCCAAUUGUUAGAAGCUAAGAAGCAGCUGGAGACCCAGAAUACCUUGCAGCAGAAGACUAGGGAGCUGUUGCGUAGUUCUGAACAGCAGGUGGCAGUGCUGAAAGUCCAGUUAAGCUCUGCCUCCUCUGAAGCCAUUACCACAACAGCCACCCCCAGCAGUGCCACCACCCCAGCAACUAGGAUCUUGGGUCUCAGAGCGCCACUCAGAGCUCCAAUGGUGCCAGCUUCCCAGCAGUCCAGCCAGGCAGAUCAGGAGCUUGCAGAGGUCAAAAGUCGCCUGUGUGAUGCUGAGGAGCAGAAAAGCGAACUGGCAGAGCAGCUAAAGAACGCUAACACUACCGUGGAGAAGUACAAAGCUGUGGUGCUGACUCUGGAAGACAGUCUGAAGAAAGAGAAGCAGGCACGCUCCCCUCUGGAGGUGCGACUGAAGCAGUCAGAGGAUGUGCAGAAGCAGCUGGAGAAGAGGAUUAUCGAGGUGGAAAAGGAGAAACAACAGGAACGGGAAGAGAGGAGGAAGGCUGUUGAUGCCGUGGAGAAACAGGUGUGUGAGCUGAAGCGCAGCCUGAAGUCCAGCCAGACAGACCAGCAAGAGGCACUGGAGAGAGCCACUGCUGCUGUCACACAGGAGCAGAAGGCCACACAGGACAGUCUACUGCAGACUAAGCUAGCUAUGGAAGCUCAGGCGAAAUAUGAACGGGAGCUGAUGCUGCAUGCUGCUGACGUGGAGGCCUUGCAGGAGGUGAAGAAACAACUUCAACACGAAGCAGAGAGGAAGAAAGAGCUGGAAGAACAUCUCAACAAGACCUCUUCCCUCCUGCAAGAGAAAAAUGCUUCCUGGACCGCACUGGAGAGACAGCUGAAGGAUGAUGUGUCCAAUCAGCGUCGUCGCUCUGAGGAGUUGGUGAAGCAGAAUGCCCUCCUGCACCAACAAAUGGAUGAAAUGGCCUCCAGGAGUCAGGAACAACAAAAGCAACAACAACAACAGCAGCAUCAGCUCAAUGUGUCCUUCAGUGAAGAAGGGAAGACCACUGAACAGCUCCUGGAAAUACUCAGGUUUGUUCGCCGUGAGAAGGAGAUCGCUGUCGCUCAGUGUGAGGCAUCUGAUGGAGAAGCUCUUCGCCAUAGACAGAGAGUUGAACACCAGGAGAAAGAACUGAAGGACUUUCAGGAAGUUCUGAACACAGAGAGAGCGAAGAUGCAGGCUACAGUGAAGACUCUGUCAGAGAAAGAGGAGCAGUUAAAGCGGUUGGAUAACAUUAACACGCUCCAGGAGGCCAACCGGAGGCUGAAAAUGGACAGAGAUAAAAUGGAGCAGGAGCUGCAGCAAGCACAAGCUAAAGUGACGAAGCUCCAGGUUGACAUCAGCCCUCUCCAGGACUCUUUGGCCAAGCUGUCUGAGAGGAACGGCUCCCUGCAAGCUGAUAAGAGGAUCCUGGAGGAUGACCUCAAACGCUUGCAGACCAGAGUACAGCAACUGGUGAGCCAACAGAAGGACAGCAAUAUAGAGGAGCGACAGAAACUGGCCAGUGAGAGAGAAGCUCAGCAGAGACGCAUCGCACAGCUAGUUGAAGAGACUGGCAAACUAAAGACUGAACUGGCCAGAUCCAGUGCCAGCAGUAACUCGGCCCAGUCUCAGCUACAAGCCCUCAAAGACUCUGUGGCCCGACUGACCUCAGAGAGAGACAUGGCGAAGAAAGACCUGGAAACAAAAUCGAAUGACCUUGUGGAAAAGAAUAAGACCAUCACCCAGGUCAAGAAGAUCGGACGGCGCUACAAGACCCAGUACGAGGAGCUGAAAGCCCAGCAUGACAAGCUGGUGGCAGAAACAGCAGCUAGAUCAGGAACUGAAGCCGGACCGAGCAAGGAGGCGCAGCAGGAGCUCAGUCAGGCCCAGGAAGAGCUCAGCAAAGCCAGAGAGGAACUGAGCAGGUGUAAAGAGGAGGUGCAGAGAAAACAGGAGGAGGCCCAGAAGUGCCAGCAGGAGUUGGAGGCGGCUCAAAAGGAAAACCAGCAGACCAAGGAACAGUUUCAGGAUGUCCAAAAUCAGCUGUCCCAGAUGGAGAACCAGCUAACACAGGUCCAGUCCCAGUUGAGCCAGAGCCAAACACAACUCCAGCAGCAUCAGACCCAGAGUCAAAAAGACCUUCAGCAAUCCAAGAACCACAUGCAGCAGUUACAGAACCAGUUAAAAUCAUCACAGUCUCAAGCCCAGGCCCGUCAGAAUCAGAUUCAGCAACUCCAGAGAGAGCUCCAGCAGGCUAAAGAAACCCUUCAGCAGAACCUCACCAAUCAAAAAGAACUACAACAGACCCAACUAACCAGUCAGCAGAGCUACAACCAGGAAGUCAACACCCUUAAGACUUCUCUUAGCCAGUCAGAAAGCAAGGUGGCUGAGCUGCAAGGCCAGCUGGACAGCCUUCAGAAGACUGUUGGUGAGUGUGAAGCAGAGAACAGGCGCUUGCAGGAGCAGCUCACUGAAGCUAACCAGGCUAACGAAGCCAGCCAGAGCUCCCUGUCUGUCCAGUCCAGCAGUGUUAACGUUGCUGGUGACACUAACCAGGCACUACAGGAGGAGCUGGCUAAACUCAGACAGGAGCUGUCAGACAGCAGCAACAGAGAGGAGCAGCUCAGGCAGCAGAUGGCUGACAAAGAAGAAAAGACCAAGAAGGCUUUCCUCGGAGCCAAGACCAAAAUCAAUCAACUAAAUAGUGCAAAGGAGCAGCUCUGUCAAGAGAUAGAGGAGCUGAAGCAGUGUAAGGAGGAACAGGAGGUGAGACUGAACGCCCUCAAGUCUCAGUAUGAAGGUCGACUUCUCCGACUGGACAGAGAGCUCAAGGAGAUGAGAGAGACACAAACACACUCUGACUGUCGAGAGGAGGCUCAGGACCAGAGUGCCUCUAAGGUGGGUGAUCAGCCCAGAUCAGCAGACCAGAGGCAGAUAUCUCUGAAAAAUCCUGCCCAAGACAGAGGAAGCUCCAGUCUGUCAGACCCUCCCACGGCCAACAUCCGGCCCACCCCGAGCACGCCCUCUCCGAGCAGCAAGCCAAGCCCUUCCCCUGGUAACAAGGCCACACCCCGUGCCAGCAUCCGGCCCAUGGUUACCCCAGCAACUGUCUCCAUGCCAACGCCCACUGCUACUGUCAUGCCAACCACACAGACAGACAGCCAAGAGGUGUCGCUCUUUCCAGCGCUGAUCAGUGUUGCCGGUUCAGUGCACUCCACCAGCUCCAGUCUGGUGAACACACCAAUGACACAGCCAACCAGCUUGCAAGCCACAGCUUUUGUCCAGCCUACCCAGCAACAGGCAACCAGUCAAGACUCAGGGCCUGGUGCAGAGGCAGAGCGACCAUCCACAUCCUCCGGCCUGAUUGGAGCAGCAGGACCAAAGCGGGGGAGAGAGGAGGAGGAGGGCGAACCGGAGAGCUCACACACUCCUCCAACCACUAAGAAACUACGACUGAGACAAAUGAUAACACUGCAGGUGGAAGGUGAUGAAGGGAUGGAAGAAGAGCUCGAGGAGGAGAGAGAGCAACAGGACUCGGCUGACAACAGUCAGGAGCUCCCAGAGGAGGGUUUUCCAGUCCUCGCUGAGGAAGAUGAGAUCGGGGAUGCAGAUGUGUCCCAGUCUGUUCCCUCCAAUCAAACGACCCCUCAAGCCUCCAGUCAGGAGAGAGACGUCAUCGUGAUUGACACAGACAGUGAGAGCCGGGAGAGCAAAGAGGGAGAGGAGAAAGAAGAGGAAGAGGAGGAAGAUGAUGAAGAAGAAGAAGAAGAAGAAGAGGAGGAGGUGUAUAAAGAAGAAGAAGGAGAUGAUGAGGAUGACGAGGAUGCUGGUGAUGGAGGGAUGGGAAGAGGAGAAGAGAGUAAUGAGGGGAGCCCAGAGGCAGAGGAUGAUGAGGAGAAUGAGGAGGAGGAGGCUUCAGAAGACACUAAUGCUGAGGAGACUCUCUGUGGAGCCUCUUCAGACUCCCAUCAGCCCUCAGAGCCCUCACACAGCAGUAAGGAGCAAUUACAGCUAGAGAGAAGUGAAGGCAGCAGUAGUGCUACAUCAGAGUCGGACCCCCCCAGAGACCCAGUGCACCCCCCACCCAGCUCCUCUUCUGCCCCCUCCUCCCUCACCCCUCGCCUCUCACAUACCCGUCGGCCCCACCACCCUCUCCCCCCACAACUCUGCAUCCAGACCACUGCUCAAGAGCUUGGACCUCCACACACACAGAGACAGUCCUCUCAGCUCCGACGGCCAUCAGUGGGACGAGUACCUCAGCUAACGCCUGGAAUUGGAAGUAUGCAACAACAUUUUUUUGAUGAUGAUGACAGGAUGGUUCCCAGUACUCCCACCCUGGUGGUCCCACACCGUACUGAUGGCUUUGCUGAGGCUAUACACUCACCUCAGGUAGCAGGGGAGAGAUUAUCCACCAGGUUCAGGUUUGGACCUCCAGAAGACCUGCUACCUCAGACAUCAGCUUCACACUCUGACCUGGGACAGCUGGCCUCACAAGGAGGUCUUGGUAUGUAUGAGUCUCCUCUGUUUCUGGCUGCUCAUGAAGAAGAGGGGGGUGGACGGAGUGUCCCCACCACACCGUUGCAGGUGGCUGCACCAGUGACAGUCUUCACAGAGUCUCUGCCCUCAGACAGCAGUGACAACAUGGCCUCCCAGUCUGUUCCCAUGGUUACCGCCUCCACGGGAAUCACUGCUGCCACCGACGAUGGAGACGAGGUUUUCAUGGAGCAAGAAGGCGAGGGUCCUAUCGAGUCUUUAGAGAGUCAGCAGACAGACAUGGAACCUACAGGACAGCAGAGUGAUGACACCGCUCUGCCGUCCACCAGCCAAGACCUGGACACCAGCAGCAUGGCUCCACGGCGCCCACUGUCAGGCCAGCCUCAGAACAGCAGCCUGUUGGCCAGAGGAAGCCGAGGAGGUCGGGGCGAGGUCAGGGCCACACUCAGCCGCAGAGGUUUCACUCGAAGAGGAGGAGCUAUGGGCAGAGGGAAUGUCCCCUAGUGAUGACAUCGUCAGCACCAGCCCAGUCUGCUCAGCCAAUUAGAAAGAAAAACUUUGCUCUCCUGGAAAUAUUAAUUUUUGAUAAAGUAGGUAUGAAUUUAACUAGGAUAUUCACUUUCUCACAACCAUUGGUUUCUGUGCAGUCAAAGUCAGAUAUCACACCAUUACAGGAGGGAUAUGAGAGUUCUGUAUUGUUUUGCUUGAUCUUUCUUUUAAGAUUUGUUUUUGUCAUUUGGUUUCAGGUUUAUGGAGCUUUUAGUAUUGUAAUUUUGGUAGUUUAAUUGUUCUCUCAGUGCACUGUUAUGUUCAUACAUUUCUCUGUUCCAUUAAUAAAAUUGAUUAAUGAGAA